AUGCAGAACCACUAUAACGUGGCGUAUCGUGAGGAAGAGCGCGAGAUGAUGCCCUUGCUAAAGCAUCUCGGGGUGGGAACCAUACCAUGGUCCCUCCUUGCUCGCGGGGCUACCACACGUCCUCUCUCGGAAACGACCAACCGAGCAAAGAAUGACCACUAG